AUGAGUCCUGUAGCGACUAGACUUCCUUCAGAAGUAGCGAGCUACAAGCCGCUUGGAAAGAUUCCAGAGAGGAGGUCAUCCAGAUUUUUCACUUCUCAGACAGGCACCAUUUCUCGUGUAUCUCCAUCUUCUAAUAUCAAAGGAUCAUCUACUCCGUAUCCUUUGAAGGCUUCGGAGGUGGUUGAGGUCCGUGGUACGUCGGCUUCGCCUAUCAGGCGGCCAUCGAUCGGACGAGCUAGAUCAAGGACCUUUGUGCCUGUUGUACCACCCGAUGAUAUCCUUGGAAUUCCUGUGUUGAAGCAUCGAAGGAUACAAGUCGUCUUUCGUCUGUCCGCUCCUUUAUUCAUAGGUGGAGCUACGGUCGAGGGUGAGGUCCAUCUGAAGAUCGAUCCAGGAAGUUCAAAGGCGAGAAGGAAGACGCUUCCGGUGAUCUCCAUUCAUCGAGUGUCGAUAAAUGUCCUAGGGGUCGAGUACUGCAAGGGGAGGCAGGAGAUCUUUCGGGCUUUGACGUCGACUGUCGUACAUCCACAAGAUGACCCUAUCACAAAGGAUACGGUGAGGAGCUUUAGUAUAGACCUACCCAUGGAGAUGGGACCGGCUCCGUAUGAGACAAAGAGGGCUGGGAUAAGGGAGACAAAGGAGAUUCUAGUGUUGACCGUCCAAGACCCAGCAGAGACAGCACUUAUGAAUCUAUCCAAUCCUGUUGUUGUGUCUGAUGAUCUGAAGCUCUCGGGUCAUGGGGUCGGUCUCACAGCAGGCAUUCACAGACAGACAUGGAUCAGUGGCUACACGCUUUUCAUGGAUCUACGUGUCCAUAAUGGAAGCCGCAAGCCAAUACGGAGGCUCGAGCUGCAGCUAGAGCGAGUGACUGUGUUUUACACACAUCCUGUUCCAUCUUCCGACAAGGUGAAGUCAGACAUUCGCCUGCCUGACGAGCUACUCAGAGAGAUACUGACAAAGAAAAACGUGUUACGAAGCCACGAGACCAUCGAUUCACUGGCUGAAGACUAUCACACGGUACAGCUGGAGCUACCUGCGGGGCUGGUGUCCAUAGAGACAGGCCGCUUCUUUGGUGUUCGCUUCUUCCUCGUGGUGAAGCUUUACUGCUCCUUCCACAAGAGACUACAGGUCCAACUCCCAAUCAACAUCAUUCAUCCAAACACUAUUGACAUCCCUCCAAACUCCCUUGCACAAGUAGCCGCAAGCAUCGAGCAAAACUCGCGAAAGACCUCAACCGCGACGAGCAGCACAAUCACCCCUCACCACCUUCAUCCUGGCCAUGCAUUCACCGUAGCUCGCCGACAAUCCUUCCUCAACCUCCGUCAAGAUACAAUCGGAACUUCAGAUAUGCAUAGCCUCACAAGAGCGCUGGAAGGUAGUCCUCGACGAUUUCCCCCUCAAACCUAUGAAGAGACCUCCAAGAACACAAGCAGUCCGCUGAGGAAGAUGAAGAUCACGCGUCGACAAUCUACACUGGAGAUGGGAAGCAGCGGCAGCGGUGACCAGCGCCGCUUCUCUUCGUCGCGGCAGGAUAUAAAACAGCCUAAGAAACCUCUGUCGUAUGACCAAAGCCUCCGCUACAAGUUCUCGCGCACGAGUUCCUCCAAUAAAGCUCCAAAAGCGACCAACUUACAUCGUGUCUCGCUGGAGAAUACGAGUUUCGACGAUCCAUCGCCGUACCGUCCUCUCCACUACCAACGCCGAAGCUCCUCUGACAGCGUCUCCUUUGACGGCACUGUUGCUGGAACAGCAACAGCAAAGCCAAAACCUGCUAAUUCGACUCGCAAAGUAUCCUUCGAGCAACAUACACAAAGCCUGACCUCUGCACAGGCUUCUCAACUUAACGCAAGAGUAUCAAGGGGCAACCUACAUCACAGAAAGGUACCAAGGUAUCAACUGAAUGAGUCUGGGGCAAGCACUGCUCCGAGACUGGCAAUGAGAAUGAGCACAAGUUCGAUCAGGCAUGGGGACGACGACGACAGUGAGAAAGAGAACCUGACGCAAAGAGGCAAGGGCAUGAGCAUGGACAUGGGUAUGGUUGGCAUUGGAAGGGGGCUGAGGACCCUGUUGCCCUGA